AUGGCUAAGAUCGAAUGGAACGUGAUUGUUUAUGACAAGCCCGGAACUGACAGAAGUCAGGUGCGUCCUCAACACGUGGCUGCUAUUCCGGAAGCCGUCAACAGUGGCAUUGUCACGUCUGUGGGAGCCAUCUACCACGAUGUGGAGAAGACCAAGUUUGCUGGAAGUACCUUCCAUUUGAUGGCUGAGAGUAAAGAGGAAAUUUUGGAUUUUUUGAAGAAGGAUGUGUACUAUGCUAGCGGGAUCUGGGAUCUUGACUCGGUGGUGGCUCAUCCGGUGGGAAUUGCCUGUAGACUUGGUAAGGAGAUGCCGGGAGUGACCAAGAUAUAG